CCGGAACUGCCGCCGCUUGCCCCUCGCUGCCGUUCCAUCCGCGGUCGCGCGACGCCAAGCAUGUGGCCGUGGCUCAUGGCUCGAACAGCAAUCGUAGCGAGUGAAGGAGGGCCACUGGCCGCUGGGAGCGGGGCGGAGGACUGACGCGGACGCGUUUGUCUUUCCCCCCAUGGCAACACUCGAUUCCGAGGAGGACGACGGGAAGUCACAAGAACGAGCUGCGGCGGUCUUUCAGUCCCUAUGUGGCUACCUCGUGCAGGAAGUCUCCAUGGGCCGAACUGUGCAUGUGCCCAAUCUGGGGCUUUUCUUCCAUGCGGGGACCGGGCAGAUGCGUUUCAAGGUGCUUGAAAAGCUUCUUCCCGCCGAUCACCGAUGGGAAGGAGAAAGCCCAGGCAUUGGACCCAUUGCCAAAGCGCGGGUGGAAAAGAUCGCUCAAAGCGCUGGCGUUCAUAAAGACCUGGCCGAGGAGAUGUUGCACGCAGCGGUGAAAGACUUUUGGACCGCGGUGCAAACCUCUCCGGAGGUCGAAUUGGACUUCCCUGGUGUCGGGGUCAUCAAGGUGAAAGAUAAGACGUUGACCUUUGAACCCUUUGGCUCUCAGGUUCAUCGCAAGAAGGUCACUGCAGAGCAUGGGAUGUUUAGCAGGACGGCGCAAGAGUUGUGGAAAAAGUUGCCACAAAGCCAGGCGUCUUUGCGGUCCAAAGAGACGGCGGAGAGUUACCCCGGGACGAUCCCCUCGCCGCUGUCCCCCACGGCCAUGCCCACGCGCGUGGGCAACUCGGAGAUCUUGACGCUCCACAAAUCGAGCAGCACCCCGGUGCUGAAGCCUCUGAAGCACGAGUCGAGGGGGACCGGCGAGGUACCUUUCCCACAGACCUUCAAAGAUAGGAAGUUGGCUUCUCUCAAGGAGGAUGCCGAACAACUCAGCAAACGUUUCACCAGGCAAUUGCCCGUGUCCGAGCGCUUAUUUCCACCCAUCCUGGACCGUUGUAGCCGCACACGCUCAGCGCUUGUCCGCGAAUCGGUGGCAAAGGACCACAUUAGCAACGUCAUUGGGGCCAACUACUCCCCGAAGUCGCGGUCUUUGAGCAUCGACCACGAGGCACGUGCCAGCCUCUUGGACACUCUCAUCCGGCGGAAGCCGAUACCCCAGGAGUUGAAGGAUGGCGUCACUUGGAGUGAAGUGAGGACCUUCAUCGGUCGGACCACAUCCGAGGACCAGUCGAAUCGGCCGGAGGCCGUCGACUUGCGAAACGUGGAUUGGACCGCGGAAUGGCCUCAGAUCCUGGAGGAGCGAGACUCGCCCGUGUGUGGGGAGAUCGAGGAUAUCCAGAUGUCGAAGAAGGAGUUCUGUCGAAUUCUGAGCAGGUAUAGGCACUAUACGGAGGGAGGUAUCCCUGCAGACGUCCUAGCCCCCUACCACCGGCAGUGGCUAGAGCAUGCUGUGUUGCUUUUGGAGUUCGAGAACCCGGCACGGUGGCCGAUGCUCUCGGAGGAAGAGCAGACGAAUCUCAUCGAGGAGUUAAGGACGGAGAUCUUGAAGGGUUACAUCCGGGCGGCGAAGACCACCGUGGUGAACUACGCUUUGCUCGAUGAGCGCUGUCGCAAGCGUUUGGAUGUGCCCUUUAUCCCGAGCCCUCCGCCCAUUUGGGGCUGCUUGACCUUCCAAGUGCCCGACAUUGGCACUCCCGGAGGCGAGCUUGACGAAGCCACCGACCGACCGGACCUCCGCAGCACUGGCGCGCGGGGCUUCAGCAAGCGCGGAAUUCGCUGGCGAACCGCCAUGUACAGACUCUCCGAUCGGAUGGCAGUCAGGGGCGGCACGGAAUGGAAGACGGAGGCCGCCGUGAAGGUGAAACUUACCGCAUUCGGCCGUGUGGCUCAGCUCGACCUGGCCGAGCUGCAAUCAGUGCGACCGCAGCACAGGAACUCUGUGACGGCACUCAGCUUGGUGGACUUCUGGUUGAAGGAAUGCCAGGACUGCGCGCGGCGAAGCCUGGGCGGUCUGUACACCCUGGAAGAUAAAGCAGAUGAAGCCUUGUUUGAUUUGUUGGUACAGGAGAACACUUUCGUUUUUUUUGUACAGGUGCACCUGGGGAACGCGGCUCUUCUGGGGAACGAGCAGACGCCCCCCGAGCAUCCUGCCUUUGACGGAUUCGAAUUCCUGGAGCUCCUCGAUGUGGCCGAGUAUCCGCGUGCGGUGGCCGUGGAGCACGAGGACGCGGAAGAGCAAGGUGAGGAGCUGCAGAGACCAAGUGGAAUCAGCGGCCGGAGCAUGAUGAGUUUCUUGGAGUCCUUGAAGGGCUGGACGUCGCACGCCUUCAGCUUCCCAAAGUUGCUGACGCAGAUUCAAUGGAAUUUCCAUCCUGCCCUGAACGACAAGUUUUAUGAUGCGAAGGCAGUGGGCUCCGGGACCUUUGGCGUGACCUUUCUAGCGAAGACCCGCACAGAGGAGUUGACUGGAGAGGCGGGACAGAAGGUGGCGGUGAAGUUGCUGAAGUCGUCUGACAACAUUUGGCUCAGCCCUUAUCACUACAAGCACCUCCCGCAGAUCCGCCCCUACAUCGACCUAAGCCGAGCCGAAUGUGUGGACCUCCAGGCCAUCCAUCGAGGAGAAGACGCUGACAAGGAGGCUGCAGAGCACGUCGUGAAGUGUUUGUAUGAUGGCAUUUCGCCGCAACUCCGAUCACUCUCGGAUUCGUUUGCUCCCUUGUACAUGGUGAUGAAUUUCGUGGGUUCGGAUGAUGUGGAUAAAUGGUGGGCAAAGCAGGUGAAGCACGGACAAGGCUCCGGGGCGAACACGGACAUCUUGAAAGCCUUGAAGAGCUCCGUCAAAGGCAUGCUGCUGGGCUUGCGCUUCUUGGCAGAGAGCCAGACCGACACUCAGUGGGUGCAUCAUGAUUUGAAGCCUCAGAACAUGGUGGUCACCGAUGACACCGCAGAAACGGUGCUAGUGGACUUCGGGACGGUGCUGAGCUCCAAGGAGCCAAAGAAGACACUUCUCUGA